AAAUUCACUAAAAACAAAACUAGUCACUGUCUUCUGUUUGCUCAGUCCUCUCUCUCUCGCCGACACUUUCUUGAUCCGAUUGGUUUAUAUCUGAUAAUUAAACUCGUUAAUUCAAUCCUCUUUCUAUGAUUUCACCAUUAGAUGAUACAAGAAGAUCAAUACACUUUUAUCAAAAAAGAAAAAAAGAUCAACAUCUACAUCUUAGAAAAAUCAAGUCCUUUUGAUGUGUAAAAUUUUAUUUUAUAUUUUAUUUAUUUUUGGGUCCAUCUUCUAUUUAGUCGUAGCAAGUACGUACAAAAUGCUGAUGAUACAUGGGGGCAGAUUUCGACUGUUAUUAUUUAUAGACAUAACAGAUGUAACGAGAAUCUGGAGAUUUCGUUGUUGGCUCUUCAGGUUUCUCCUACUUCUCGAGCAAGUUUCGAAAGGAAGUUCGGUUAACUAUCUAUAGGAGCAAUGGCUUUGGUUAACACUUCAGUUCAUAAGAUAGAUUUGAGGUCAAGCUCUGAACCAUUUUAUGGUGAAUGCAAGUCCGGCGAAUCAAGAGUUAAAAGUGAAGAACUCUUGAAGAUGGGUGAAGAAAAAAGGAAGAUUUCAGGAAGAUCGGUUUCGCUUCAAUCGAUAGACCAGAAACUAGGUUGGCCUUUGCUUAUAAGAUCAUCUUCAGGAACGCCACAAGUUCACCAUUGGCAAACACGGAAAGUCUCAGUGGUCAAUUGGGUCAUGAGCUUGCCUGACCGGUUUCCUAAUCAUCAGCAAAAUCUAAACUCUGAGACAAGCUUUGUCAAAAAACAACUCGAUGACAUAUUAAGAGACAGCAGCAAAUGGUUCAACUACAAUGUUCUUAAGACGGCAACAUCAGAUUUCUCUCAAGAAAAUCUGAUUGGGAAAGGAGGAUGCAAUGAAGUGUACAGAGGGAUCCUUAAAGAUGGGAAAGGCAUUGCAGUGAAAAUCUUGAAAUCAUCGUCUAAAGAAGCUACGACAGAUUUUGUUCAUGAAAUCGACAUUAUCUCUUCUUUGAGUCACCAAAACAUCUCACCGUUACUUGGUGUUUGCGUCCAAGACAAUGAUCUAAUCUCCGUUUACAAUCUUUCAUCCGCAGGAAGUUUACAGGAAACUCUUCACGGUAAGGGAAAUGAAAAGCAUGUAUUAUCAUGGGAUGAGAGAUUCAAGAUAGCAAUCGGAUUAGCGGAAGCGUUAGAUUAUCUUCAUAACCUAUGUUCUAAGCCAGUGAUUCACAGAGAUGUCAAAACUUCCAAUGUUCUUCUCUCAGAUGAGCUCCAACCUCAGGCAAAGCCGUUGAUAGAGACCGGAAAUUCAAAAGGGCUGUUGGAUCCAGAAGUAACAGAGGUAUUCGAUGAGUCUCAGCUUCAGAGAAUGGUUAUUGCUGCUACACGUUGCCUAACAAGAUCAGCCACACAUCGUCCCAAUAUCAGACAAAUACUGAGGCUUCUAAACGGUGAAAACGAAAUCGAUAAAUUGAUAAAAGAAGUGGAAGAAAAUGAAGAUUGCUUCGACGACGAGGUUUACCCGAAUUUCAGCGCGGAGUUACACUUGCGCCUUGUGAUGCUUGAAGAGGAAGACGAUGAAUCUGCAUCCAUCAGCACAACAGAGAGAAGUAACAACAGCCUCUUUUCUUCUUCUUGUUCAUUAGGGGAGCUUCAACCUUAGAACACUCUGCUUUUAGCUAGUUAUGGUUUUUUUACUUAAGUGUUUUAAGAAGUAAAAACUCUCUAAGACGAGUAUUUCUCAAUAUCAUAAACGCCUUCGUCAAAAUGCGAUUGUGGGAUGCACUAAUUCCAAUUCGAUCCCACAGGCGACGGGUCAAUCUUGACAACUGUAUCUUUGUUUGAUUAAUAUCUACUUGGAAUUUUGUGUGAGUAGACUUGUCAUUCUAUUUUUCAGCUUAAAACGAUUUUUUUUCCGGGAACAUCUCUUUGUUCCGCCGGUUUAAUUUCUG